UGAUUGACUGCCGUGUUGGUCUUCCACUGAGCGCUCCCUUCCUCUCAUCUCAGUCAUCUCCUCCGUUGCUCUCCCUUGAAUAAGAUUGAUCCACCCUUGUUGCUCUCCUCCUUGGUCCUCUCCUCCUCCGUCCUCGCCCCUGCCAACCAACUGCCCUAUUGGCGACCGUGGACAUUUUGGGUGUAUUUCCUGUCGAUUUGUUUCCAGUUAAAGUAGCAAUGCUUGGAUCCAAAACUUAUUAGUUCUCGUGCUUGAGAUUCUGACCCAUUUGUGUUGAUUGAAUCCAGGGUGGGAUCGUGGGGCUCUAAUACAGACUACAGAGUACUACUGUAUUCCUCUGCUCUUCGUCUCGCUUCCCACGGAGUACUUCUAUAUUCCAAGCAAUUUCCUCUCUUGGCCGCUCUUGGUCUUCUUCUGCUCCUCGUCUCUGCUUCCUCUCAGUCUCCUCCAUUGCACGGCCUGGAACAGAUUGAUCCGCCUUGUUGCUGAUCUCAUCCAACCUCCAUGGACAUUUCGGGGUGGCAGUUUCCAGUCAUUAUUCAGAGCACCAUGCAUCCAAGGCACGGACCCGUCUAGCGGCCUGAUCGAGUGAAGCGGCCUCACGCAUCUUGCAUGUGGUGCGCUGGCACCACUUCCGCUUCGUUGUCCCCUACGACGCCGUUGUCUUCAGCUCUGCCCAUGAAGCACUGAGGUUUCCAGCUGAUUGCUCCAGCGAGCUCUCAUGAAUAUCGUCACGGGUGCCAUGGGCAGCCUGCUCCCCAAGCUGGGUCAGCUGCUCAUGGAUGAGUACAACCUGCACAAGCGCGUCAAGAAAGAUGUCGAGUUCCUCAGGAAGGAGCUUGAGAGCAUGCACGCUGCCCUCAUCAAGGUUGGCGAGGUGCCGCCGGACCAGCUCGACGGGCAAGUCAAGCUCUGGGCCGACGAGGUCAGAGACCUCUCCUACAACAUGGAGGAUGUCGUUGACAAGUUCCUCGUACGCGUGGAUGGCGACGGCAUUCAGCUGCCUCACGACAACUCCAGCAGAUUCAAGGAGCUCAAGAACAAGAUGAUCGGCUUGUUCAAGAAAGCCAAGAAUCACCAUCGCAUAGCUGACGCGGUCAAGGAAAUCAAGGAGCAACUCCAGGAGGUGGCUGCUAGGCGUGACAGGAACAAGGUAGUUGUUCCUAAUCCUACGGAACCAAUUACUAUCGAUCCUUGUCUUCGAGCUUUGUACGCAGAAGCGACGGAGCUAGUUGGCAUAUAUGGGAAGAAGGACCAGGAGCUCAUGAGGUUGCUCUCCAUGGAGGGUGAUGAUGCCUCUAAGAACAGACUAAAGAAGGUCUCCGUUGUUGGAUUUGGCGGAUUAGGCAAGACCACUCUUGCUAGAGCAGUAUACGACAAGAUUAAAGGUGAUUUUGAUUGUCGGGCAUUUGUUCCGGUUGGGCAGAAUCCUGAUAUGAAGAAGGUUUUAAGGGAUAUCCUCCUUGAUCUUGGCAACCCUCAAUCAGAUCUUGCUAUGCUGGGUGCCAAUCAGCUCAUCAAAAAGCUUCAUGAAUUCCUAGAGAACAAAAGGUAUCUUGUGAUAAUUGAUGAUAUAUGGGAUGAAAAACUGUGGGAAGGCAUUAGCUUUGCUUUCUCCAACAGGAAUAAUCUAGGCAGUCGGCUAAUAACCACAACCCGCGAUUUCGAUGUCUCCAAAUCAUGUUGCUUAUCGGCUGAUGAUUCAAUAUAUAAAAUGAAAUCUCUUUCUACUGAUGACUCCAGAAGGCUCUUUCAUAAGAGAAUAUUUCCUGACGCUAGUGGAUGCCCAAGUGAAUUUCAACAAGUGUCUGAAGACAUAUUGAAGAAAUGUGGUGGAGUACCACUGGCCAUCAUUACUAUUGCUAGUGCUUUGGCUAGUGGCCAGCAAGUGAAACCAAAGCAUGAGUGGGAUAUUCUACUCCAGUCCCUUGGCUCCGGAGUAACAAAAGAUAAUAGUUUGGUUGAGAUGCGGAGAAUACUAUCUUUCAGCUAUUAUAAUCUACCGUCUCAUCUGAAAACUUGUCUACUAUACCUAUGUAUAUAUCCAGAAGAUAGCACCAUUGAUAGAGAUAGACUGAUAUGGAAGUGGGUGGCCGAAGGAUUUGUCCACCAUGGAGAUCAAGGGACCAGCCUGUUUUUGGUCGGAUUAAACUACUUCAACCAACUCAUUAAUAGAAGUAUGAUCCAGCCAAUAUAUGAUAAUAUAGGCCAGGUAUAUGGUUGCCGUGUACAUGAUAUGGUUCUUGAUCUAAUCUGCAACUUGUCACAUGAAGCAAAGUUUGUUUAUGUAUUGGAUGGUACUGGGGAUAACAUGUCUUUUCAAGGCAAUGUUCGUCGUUUGUCCAUUCAAGACAGAAAUAAAGAUCAUCAAGGCACACCUCUCAGAGAUUUCAUGGGUAUAUCACGAGUAAGAUCCAUUACUAUCUUUAAAUCUGCUAUUAAGAUCAUGCCAACCCUGUCAAGGUUUGAAGUUUUGCGUGUACUUGAUUUGUCGGCCUGUAACCUGAGAAAAAGUAGCAGCCUGGAAGGUGUUGGACACCUAAUUCACCUGAGAUACCUUGGUCUAUCAGGUAUUGGAUUCAGGGAACUCUCGGCUGAGAUAGGAAAGUUGCAAUUUUUGGAGGUGUUGGAUCUUAGAAUCAAUAAAUACCUAGAUGAAUUGCCGUCCACUCUUUGUAAUUUGAGAAGAUUAAUCUGCCUAAAUGUUUGUCCCUGUAAGCUGGUUCCAGCAGCUGGUGUGUUGCAGAAUCUGACAUCCAUAGAAGUGUUGAGGGGGGUCUUGAUCUCUCUGAACAUUAUUGCACAAGAAUUUGGCAAUCUGGCAAGGCUAAGGAAGCUUCAUAUUGAGUUCAAGGAUGGUAGUUUGGAUUUGUAUGAAGGUUUCGUUAAUUCUCUGUGCAACUUACAUCGUAUUGAAAGUCUACGUAUUGAUUGCAAUUCCAGAGAAACAUCUUCUGAACUGAUGGAUCUCUUGGGAGAACGUUGGGUGCCUCCUGUACAUCUCCGUGAAUUUGAGUCUUGGAUGCCCAGCCAACUCUCUACACUGCGAGGGUGGAUAAAGAGAGACUCCUCACAUCUCUCGAACCUCUCUGAUUUAAUCCUCGAUUCAGUGAAGGAAGUGCAACAGGAGGACGUGGAAAUCAUCGGGGGGUUGCUGUCCCUUCGCCGGCUCUGCAUAAGGAGCACCCACCAAACACAGCGGCUGCUAGUCAUCCGUGCAGAUGGGUUCCGCUGUAUGGUACAGUUUGAGUUGAAUUGUGGGUCAGCGACGCAGCUAAUGUUUGAACCAGGAGCUUUGCCGAGGGCGGAGGCAGUUGAGUUCAGCCUGGGCGUGCGGGUGGCGAAAGAGGAUGGUAAUUGUGGUUUCGACUUGGGCCUGCAGGGGAACCUGCUCUCCCUUCGGCGGUAUGUCAGGGUUUGGAUGUAUUGUGGUGGAGCGAGGGUUGGGGAGUUCAAGGAAGCGGAGGCUGCGGUGAGGUGCGCCCUCGAAGCCCAUCCCAACCAUCCCGCGAUUGAAAUUAACAUGUUCGCAUAUAGUAUAGCAGAAGGUGCUCAUGAUGACGAUUUGUGUGAGGAGAACUGAUUUACGACGCAGGGGGAUUCACAGUGCAUCAGGUAGUGGGGGCCGCGGUUACUGCUGGUGGCAUCGGAGAAUUGAAGGAUGGAAAAGUUUGGAGUUUCGCUGGAAGUUGUUUGAUGAGCUUCUUUUAAAUGGCAGUCAGCUUGCAGAAAUAAAGAGAUGUUGCUUGGUUUUGUAAUGAAUAAGUAAUGGUGUUGGAGUAACAUGCUGCUCUGCUUUAGCUUUUAUAAGCUGAACCGGACAAAUUUUGUUAGAGUUGUGUCGAAUAUAGUGUACAAGGUAGGUUAUAGUUGGACUUGUAGUUGUAUCGUGUUUACAUAGGAU